AUGCCGCCCCCGGCCCCGGCCCCGGCGCCCCCCGGCCGCUCCUUCACCAUCGCGGCGCUGCUGGGCCGCGCCUCGCCCCCGCCGCCGGCCCCGGCCCCGCUCUGGGGCUGCCCCCCGGGCCCGGGCCCGCCGCUGCCGCCGCUCUGCGCCCCCGCCUGCGGGGUCCCCCCCGCCUGGGCCGCCCGGCUCGGGGCUACAGGCUUCCUGAUCUCCAAGUGCUGCUUCCCCCUGCUCAAGGCCAAGCCUGGCAAAGCCAAGCGUGUCCGGACCAUCUUCAGCAGCGAGCAGCUGGCGCGGCUGGAGCAGGAGUUUGCUCGGCAGCAGUACCUGGUGGGGCAGGAGCGCUGCCUGCUCGCCUCCUCCCUGCGCCUCACCGAGGAGCAGGUGAAGGUCUGGUUCCAGAACCGGAGGAUCAAGUGGAGGAAACAAAGCCUGGAACAGCAGCAAGCCAAACUGGCCAAAAUGGGUUUGGGCACCCCGCAGAGGAGCCCAGACUCGCAGAGCCACCACGAGGAGGACAAAGACUCCCCAGCAGAGCCAGGGGACAGCCAGGAGGACACGGCCUCAUCCCCUGGCUCAGGGACAGCCCCUGCACAGACUGUGACAAAGAGCAGCUGA